AUGGCCAGCAGCGGUCAGCCCCAAUACCAGAGUCCAGUACUGGACAUGUUCAUGUGGUGGAUGUUUAUUUCUUGGAUGGUCAGAUACACGAUGGCCAAUCCCUGCCCAAUGGGUACGUUUGGAGAUCUGUGUCAGUAUAAGUGUCACUGCGAGUUCGGAGCGGCUUGUACUCCAACUACAGGGGAGUGUUUCGCUGGAUGUGAGGAAGGAUAUAUAGGGAAACCUACAUGUCAGAUAAAGAAUGUAGCCCUAGGAAAGGAGACUGACCAGAAUGGAGACACGACAGUAACGUCCAGUCUCGUGGUGGACGGUGACCGAAGACAGGAUGGUUCGACGUACGGUUGUUCACGCGCGAUUGACACUAAAUAUCCUUUCAUUGCCUGGUGGUACGUCGACUUAGGGCAGAACUACAGCCUCAACAGAAUCAAGAUCUACUUCCGGAACGAUUUGGCGAUAAAUAAGCCAAGAAGAGAAGGAGUUCGUGUUUACGUCACAUCCUCCCCUCUCGACUUUAACGCCAAUGCCUUGUGUUACAAAGACAUCCUUAAGCCGGAUGGAAUAAUUGCUCCCCCAGACCUGUUAGACCUAAGGAACUGUACAACUAACGGGCGCUAUGUGAUUGUAUAUAACGAGAGACCACUGGUGGACCCAAUGAACUGUCCAACAACAACGUAUUCUUGCUGGGCUAACCUUGAAAUCUGUGAAGUGGAAGUCUUCGCUUGUACUGAAGGGACAUUUGGCGAUAAUUGCGACAAGUUCUGUCACUGCAAGAACGGAACAUGUGACCCAAACACGGGUAUUUGUCCUGGAGGAGAAUGCCAGGAAGGUUGGAUGGGAGAGCAAUGUGAUAUUGGUUGCCCGGAUGGAAAAUAUGGUAUUGGAUGCAACCAGACUUGCGGAAAAUGUCGUAAUGGUGACGUAUGUGAGACUAUGUUUGGCACAUGUCCAAAUGGUUGUGAGCCAGGCUUUGACGGCCCAGCUUGUAAAGAUUCCUGCCCAGAUUUUCGGUACGGUCAGACAUGCCUGGGAAAGUGUGACAACUGUGCUAACAAUACGGACUGUGACAAGGUCUCGGGGUUCUGUCCUGGCAGAUGUGACAGGGGAUGGCAUGGCGUCAGGUGUGACGAAAGAUGUCCAGCAGGGAUGUUUGGAGGAAAGUGUGACAAAAGAUGUGGGCAGUGUCGUGGAGGCGACCAAUGUGAUUUCAGUACCGGACAGUGUCCAAGCGGCUGUAAGCCAGGCUAUGUCAAACCGCAAUGUAUAGAAAUUUGUCCUAAGGGAACAUUUGGCGGUAAUUGCUCACGAAAAUGUAGCACAUGUAAAAUGGAAAUAUGCCAUCAUGUGACCGGAAGUUGCAAUAACGGUUGUAAAGCUGGAUGGACAGGCCCAACGUGUCUUCAACCUUGUGGACAAGGCCAUUUUGGUGAAAAUUGCGGAAGGUCAUGUGACCAUUGUCGUGACAGAGAGUGUAAUCAUGUGACUGGAUUGUGCGUGAAAGGAUGCGUAGUGGGUUGGCGAAAUCCUAGAUGUGAUCAGAUGUGUCCACCGGGAACCUUUGGGAGUGACUGCAGCGCUAAAUGUGGUACGUGUGCAAACGAUGCUGCCUGUCACCAUGGAAACGGCUUGUGUUUAGAAGGAUGUGCGGAAGGGUGGAAUGGUACUCGCUGUGACAGAGCCUGUGCUAGCGGAACGUAUGGUCUACAGUGCGCUCGCAGUUGUGGUCAGUGUAAGAAUGGAACUAUCUGUCACCAUGUUACUGGAAUGUGUAAGCUGGGCUGUUCCGAGGGCUUUGUUGGUCCGAACUGCGGAAGAAAAUCUGUAGAUACUGAAACCGAUGUUGUCCUGCAGAGUGCAAUCAUAGGUGGCGCCCUAGCUCUCGUCUGUAUCGUCGGGAUUAUUGUUCUUAUCUGUAUAGCGAGACAAUGGAAGAGGAAAUUACAAGUGCAGAAGAAGGAAGAAGAAGAGGCACAAGUGGACAGCGAGAAUAACUAUGCCAAUAUCCACAAUACAACCUAUGAAAACGCUAACAUCAAUAACGGAUAUGUUGAUCCGGAUGGCGAGGUUGAUACUGACAUAGUGCGGUAUAGCGGUGACAGUUCUACAUACGUUAAUGGUAUAACUAAUAUGUACUACAACGUUGGAGCACAGCUACCCGGGGUGUCCCUAAAUAAUUACUCUGAGUAUGUUCAGGAAAUGGAAGAAGAUCACACUCGUUAUACGGAUGAGUUCGACGAAUUAAGGAACCGUCCUACAUAUAUGCACAUAGAAGGACAGAAAAAGCAAAACAAACUGAAGAAUCGAUUUCUUACAACAUUUCCAUAUGAUCAUUCCCGCGUGAUCCUGGACAAGUUACCAUGUGAACCAGAUUCGGAUUACAUAAACGCUAACUAUAUAGAUGGCGUUGACUCAUUAAAAGCUUACAUCGCUACACAAGGUCCAAAUCGGCACACGGUUGGUGACAUAUGGAGAAUGAUAUGGCAGCACAAAGUGGAUAGUAUUGUUAUGUUGGCUAAUCUUGUAGAGGAUGGCAAGGUGAAAUGCGAGUGUUAUUGGCCAACAAUUCAGCCUGUUACUUAUAACAACCUGACCGUGACUCGUGUUAAUAAGACAGAGAUGGCUAUGUACACCGUGAGGACAUUCAUCGUAACAAAUACGGAAUUGUCAGAGACACGUCAAGUCACCCAAUACCACUUUACAGGAUGGCCAGACCACGGGGUACCCGAUACCCUGGAGCUGGUGGCCUUCCUUAUGCGAGUCCUGCAAGACAAUCCAAGUAGGACAGAUGACGUCCCCCUCUUAGUGCACUGCAGUGCGGGUGUUGGACGGACCGGUACUUUCAUCGGCCUUCACGCGCUCUAUACAUAUGGAUGUGACAAGAAACGAGUGGAUGUGGCAGAAUUUGUACGGAAGAUGAGAGACAAUAGGAUGCUCAUGGUUCAGAACAUUGAACAGUAUCGACUGCUACACAUCGCUCUCCUAGAGGCGUUUAACUACACUGAAUCUACAAUAAAGAAAUCCGAUUUUCUCAAACGUUACAAUGACUGUGUCAAUAAACAGUCAAACAUCAUCACUAAAGAGUUCGAACUGCUUCAAUCGGCCAAACCUGUGUAUUCUGAGCAACACUUCACUGCAGCAAGGGCAGCAGAAAACUGCGAAAAAAACAGAUCAAACAAAAUCCUAGCAGUUGACAAAUUCCGUCCGUAUUUGAACACUUAUAUUGAAGGCACGACCGAUUACAUCAACGCUUCUAUCGUUCCGUCAUGCAAGGCCCAAGGGAGAUUCAUUGUGACGCAGGCACCAUUACCAGAGACCAUUGUUGAUUUCUGGCGGCUAGUCUAUGACCAUGAUUGUUAUACGAUCAUAGUAUUAAACUCACCAGACCAAGAACUUGAGGGGUGUGUUGGUGUUCCUCAGGAGAGCGGUGUGUGGUGGCCGUCAAUGGGCGACUCCGUCAGCUACGGAUCACUGACCAUCACAACCACAGCAGUCAAGGAUGUUGGUAAAGACAUAACCGAGAAAAUGUAUGACAUCAAGAAAAAGGGCUUCGGUGAGGCGCGUGCAGUAAAAUCUUACCACAUGGGGGGUUGGACUUCCGGCCAAUACAAACCAGUUUCCAUAGAGACACUGUUGGAGCUUAUAGACUUGAUGGAAGCAUGGAAACGGAAGUGUCUUUGUCACACGGUAGCGGUGCAGUGCACCGACGGUGCACUUUGUAGUGGGGUGUACUGUGCAGUCAGUCUUGCACUAGAUGGACUGAGGUUGGAGCAGCAGGUUGAUAUUUACCAUACUCUUAGAAGACUCCACGUACGGAGGCCAGAAUUUGUUAGGACUGAGGACCAGUAUCGAUUCAUAUAUGACGUCAUAGCAGAAUACAUUGAGUCCCGAGGGAUCUACGGAAACACUUAA